UAAAUCUGGCUGUAUUAGGAGAUAAAAAUGAAGUUUGGGGAGAUGCUAAAAUAGUCAUUCUGAGAAAGCUGAGGACACUACGCGCAUUGACUGAAGCUUCUUUCUAAUGUCUGUCUGUCUACUUCCCAUAAACGUGGGAAAUUCCCUUUGUUUGGAAACCAACCUGGGUAAUUCUGGGGGACAAAAUCGUUACAGACCGACAUCAUCUCAGGAGUUGUCAGAGGUUUUGGAAAGGAUUGUAAAUGAUCAGUUAGUAGUUGGUCUGACCUACAAUAUUCCAGUUGCUGAUUUAUUUAGCCUUAUGUUCCUCUCCUCCCAGUCUGAUGUUCCCCUGCAAGUGCCGUUGAUUAGGGAGACAAGUGACUUUGCCAGUUCUAUUGAUCAGAAUAAAUUACUAGCAACUAAUUUAUGGACCUCGCAGAAGUGCCUUUGAUGUGGUGGGCUGUGCUCUAUUGUUCAGUAAAUUGGGUUUUCAGAAAAAGUUAUUGUUACAGUUCUCACGCAUAGCAAUAGCAACCAGCCUCAUGGAAAUGACCAAAAUCUCUUCUCCUACCAGCAGAAUGUCAUGAUGGUUCUGAGUAAGAGGGUGAUGAACUCUCUCCCUACCAGGAGUGACUGUAAAAAGGACAUCCCAAGUGCUCUAUAUUGAUUGUCCAUCCACGGUUUCUGUAAAGGCUAAUGACCUUUCUUGGACUUGCAAACUCAGGGAAUUUACUAGUGACCAGCGAUUGCAGGGUGGGCUUGGCAUCUGCAGAACUGCUGCUUAGUACAGUCUCCCCAACAAUGAGAUUCUGAGGUCAGAAUUUUGCUAGUUGGGUUGAUGAUGCUUGAAGCAGAAGAGAAUCUAGCUCUUCUAUGGAUAAAAAGCUGCAAGGUUGAUGAAUGCAAACUGAUUUUUGCCAGUCAACUAAGAAGAUACGAUUCAUUUAAAAAAAACACAUGGACAGCAGAGAGGUGUUUGUUUAUAAUCAGAUUCCAUACUUGAAGACAUGACAUUUGCAGAAGCAAGAAAAUUACUAGCAAAGAGUCCUCCUAAGCCGAAAUGGAAAAGCAGUGCAACAAGCAGACACAUAAAGGGGUGGCAUGUGGCCUAAUAAGAGGGUACUUUCUUGCUUUUGUUUUAUUGCAAUGUUAUGAAAUGGGAAUUUUCAUGUUGCAAUUACUGCAAAGAAGCCUUUUUGGUUAAUAAUAAUACAUUUGUCUUGCUGGAGAUGUCUUCCUUCCUUUGUUGUUUUUGCAGGUAUGUUAUUUAUCUAGGUUCUUUUUUUGAUGCCCUCACUGUGAGCAUUUGAGCAUCUCCAAAGAAGAAUGAUGUCAAUGAUGCCUCAUUAUUACUUACCUAUGGGAAAGAGUCAGGCAGGGGAGGGGUCUUUUAACUAUUACAUUUAGAAAAGUGGGAAUACUGGCAGAAGGCUGCAGUUGCAGAAGAGCUUGGGACAACAAGUGGGUUUGCCUUUUAGCUCUUAACAAAUUGAGAUUGGUGGUGUUUCUUAUUCCAGCUGAUAAUGAGUACUGUAGUUUGGGUCCAGCUGCUGUGAAGUUCUGUCUUCAGUGGUAAUGAGCCUCCCCCACUAUGCCGGUGAAACGGAGCUGGAGCUGUCGUGGGAAGUUUUGGUGGCACAGGGAAAGAUGUCCUUCAGGACCCAUUCCAGGCAAGACUGAAAACCAGGAGAGCAACCUUGAACUGGACUUAGUCCAGCAGGGAGCCAGUGCAGGGACAAGCAAAUCAGGGUAACGUGUUCCCAGCAACCUUUGCUGCUGAGCAGAAGAGCUGCUGUAUUUUGAAUUCCCAACACCUUUGUCAUGACUUGGGGCUUGCUUAAUUCCUAAGUAUAGAGAACUGCAGUAGCUGGGCCUAGGUGUUACAAAGAUGUAGAUCAUAUGGCCAGAUCUGAGUCCAGUAGGAGUGGGUGUGCCCCUCUGGCCAGCAGCAGAUGGAAGUGGGUGUAUUUCAUCAGUGUGUGUGUUGUUGCACAGGCUCAGUGCAGAGACUCGGAAGACCUCAACCAGACCACAGCAACAAUCUGAUGGCAGAUGCCUUUGAUAAAUGGAGCUGUUAUAGAAUGAGGGAGUUUCUUCUCCCCCACCAGUAUUGCUACAGUUUUGUCUGGGCUCAUCUUCAGCCAGCCACUCUUCAUCCAGGUGCUAAUCUCAGCUAGGCAAUGAGAAAGCUGGGUGACAGGGUUAUCGCUGUUUGAUGUAAAGGAUGCACUGAGCUGGGUGUCAUCUGGGUACGUCUGGCAUUCCAGCUCGUGGUUGCCCACUAACUGCCACAGUGGCUUCUUAGGGAGGUUGAUAGGAGGGGGAUUUAGCCUUGUGCAGCCUCUCACAUGUGAGUCUUCUAGGGAGAGGUGCAAUUGCCCAUAGUGACCCUGAGAAGAGGAGGAGCUGCCACCUAGGUUGGCAAAAACCCUGGCGCCACUCCUGUGCAGGACAGGAAAGUUUAAUGAUCAACAGUAUCAAAUGCUGCAUCAGAGUCCACCAGGAGGAGUAUAGAUGGUCUUCCCUGCAUCCCACAACCCGUUUAGUUUAACAAAGAGAAGAAUACGGGGUGACUGGAUCACAGUCUGUAAGUACCUACGUGGGGAACAAAAAUUUAAUAAGAGAGGGCUUUUCAGUUUAGCAGCCAAAGAUCUAACACAAUCCAAUGGCUGGAAGUUAAAGCUAGACAAAUUCAGACUGGAAAGAAGGUGUAAAUUUUUAACAGUGAGGGUAAUUAGCCCUUAGAAUAACUUCCCAAGGUCAUGGUGAAUUCUCCAUCACUGACCACUUUUAAAUCAAGGUUUGGUGUUUAUCUAAAAGAUCUCUCUAGUUCAGGGUAGCGCUCUGGCCUGUGCUAUGCAGGAGGGCAGGCUAAAUGAUCACAGUGGCCCCGUCUGGCCUUGGAGUCUAUGAAUCUCUCCCAUUUGCCAGAGUUGUUUACUCUGCUCCCUGCUCUGCCCGAGCACAGAAUGCUGCUGUGAUUGGUGCUAAACCCUGGCAUGGUUGGCAGAGUACCUGCCAAUGUGGCGCCACUGUCUGGUGUUCAGCACGCUGGUGCAGGGGGUUCUGUGUCUGGUGAUAAAUUCCAGAUGGCUCUUGCAGAAUAUACAGGAGCCCUGCUGUUCUCUGGCCAAUGGGGGUGCCUCCAAAACUCUAUUCACACGUGAAAACAAAGCUUAUAACCUGGCUGGAAGUGCUAUUCCCUACAGGGGCCCUCAAACCCAGUGCUGAGCACAAUGGGGUAGCUGUUUGUAUCUGGUUAGCUCUGGUAAAGUCCUCUCUCAGGAGAUGUGUGCAACCUUAAUUCCUAUCAGAACUGGUGCUCAGCACCUCACAGGUUGCUCUCCUAGAGGCCCAUGCUGCCUAAUUUAGGGUUUGGUCCUGCUCCCAGUUAAAUCAAGGGAGUUUUGCCACUGACGCGUACUGGAAGUGUGAUCGUGCCUGUAGAUUGUGAGCUCUUUGGGGUUGUGACCAUGUCAGGCUGUCUGUACAGUGCCAAGAUCGCUCACCAGGAAUCAUGAUACCAUCCUCAAGUAGGCAUCUGUGCCCACAUAUGUAACUCAGGCCCUGCAGUGAGAUGUUGCCUGCUGUGCCGUCAGCUGCCAUGUACCUUAAGCACAAGAGGGAAGUUAUGAGUGAGACAGCCGGUGGGAUAGCGUCUCUCCAGCGGGUUCAGACUGCACUCUGACGCUAGCAGAGAGCGCGUGGGUGGACAGUGCAGUCCUGCCCUUGCUUGCGUGGGAGGUCUGUGAUCCUUAGAACACCCCUGCUCAGUUACUGUUAUCAAAUGCUCCCGUUGUGGUCACAUUCAUCUACAGAACAGCUCAUUCACAAAGCACAACAGUGGGCUCCUGUGUGUGCCGGAUUCCGCUGGUGCUGCCCUGCCUGACCAGGAGACCUUUGAUAUUUUGGCUGGCAGACUAGUUGGCUGUGCCCUGUCUGGUAUUCCCUUGUGAAAGCCGCUAUAGGCUGCCCUUUCACUGAAAGGCACUAUCCUGGCAUUUACAAAGCCAGGCAUCACUGAAAACACUGUUAGCUGGAAGAUCCGUCCUCCCCGUCAGGGAGCAAGCAAUACUCGAAGCCUUUCUUCAUCGGAGUCCAUCCUGCCAUCUGAUUCCACAACUCUGCAGCUUGCCACGUGUUAGGAUUUCUUGCUGUACUACACCUGCUGAGCGGGGGAGCUUUACUCUGCACUUGUGAAAGCCUUUCACACCAGUAGCAGAGAGAAGCUGUGAAACACAGAGCGGUUGGACUACGUUAGGCUGAUAUCUCUAGUGGCUCCUGAUACUGCAGAAACCCAUUUAAAGAGACAUGGAUCUUGAAAGAAUCAUUCGAGACUCUCUGACGUGCUUCAUCCAGUCCCACAUCCCUGAUGCCGAUCUCAGUGGGAUGGAUGAAGUCUUCUUCUCCUAUAUCGCUAGUGUUCUGGAAGAACUAGGCUCACCAGAGUCGUCCGAGGAGAACUUUGAUAUGGACACCUUUGUGGAAAUGAUGGAGGCGUAUAUCCCUGGCUUUGCAGAAAUCAACAGCGGGAACAUUUGUGAAAUGAUGUUUGCCCUCUCAGAAAGGCUCAGCGAAGCUCGCAACAAAGGAAAGGUUUGUCAAAAGGCUGUGGAGAGCGUGAGCAGAGCCCCUGCUGAAGAGCUGAACCAGAGCGAUGAGCAGGGGGCAGGAGCUUCUGAUGAGAGGAGGCUGCAUAUACCAGCAGAGGGAGCUGUAGCUCAGGGAGCAGAAGGUGACCUGAAGGAUGGGGUGGAGCUGCUUCUGGAGAUGUUCCCAGCCUGCACCCUCAGCCAGGCUCAGAAGGCACUGGCCAUGGUGCUGGGAAACCUGGAAGAGGCGGUGCAGUUACUGGUGGAGGAGAAGGUGGAACCUGGCCCAGUGGGCACUAACGUGAAGGAGACUGCGAGGCCCCGCCGAGCACCCAAACAAGAGGACCUCAAACGAUUUAUCUUACAGAAAUACAUGAUGGUGGACAGCGAGGAGGACCAGAAAACACACAGGCCGGUGCCACCAAAGGAGGCUCCCAAGAAACUGAUCCGCUACAUUGACAACCAGGUGGUGAGUACAAAGGGAGAAAGAUACAAAGACAUUAAGAAGCCAGAGAGUGAGGAGAUGAAGAGAACUUACAUCAGCCUCAAGCCAGCCAAGAAAUACAAAUUCCACUGAUGACGAUCCCUUGGAGGGAACGUCCCUCUACCCUGCUGCCUGAGGCAUGGAGGGACAGCCCUGGGGCAGGAAGGGUGAGAGGGGCCUUCUAUACUCCUCUAACUGGAACUAACCUACCACUGGGAGCCAGCAUGCUGCUGUCAGCCUCUAAUUAUAGCACGAUGCCACGGAGGAGCCUGUUCAGCAACGCUGUUUGUGUAACCCUCCAAAUUGUCCCUCCGCAGCCAAGAGCCAGCUGUCGCUAUGGCAAAUUUGACCAACCCGGCUGCUGUGUGUCCUGGACCUCUCUGCCAUUCCUUGCAUGGGGAUUUUUUAUAGCUAAUGUGUGGCUAGUGCAGUUGACAGCCGUCUUUUUAAAUGUGUGUGCAAUGGUGUUGAUUGUGACUGUUAGUAAAGAUGGUGUGAAUCAG